AAGCGAUCGAACAGUUUCCGAAUCACGGUCAAGCACACUUUCAUCGCGGACUUCUCUACUUGCUUCACGGACAAGUUGAACAAGCCGAAGCAGUCCUUGGACUGGCUCUCGGUGAGCAUAAAGUGCCCCCAGGUAGCCACAACCUCCACUCAUCCAAUGCGGAUCCCGCAGUCUGGCUGACCAGAGCUAUCGCGCGUUACCUUUGCGCAAAACACGAAUAUCAAACCACGCGAUAUUUAGAGGGAGCUCGACACGAUCUGGAACAUGCUGAGAAAUUGUUGUCUGUCGCGUGCGAACGAGACUGUAACAUCACGUGGCCUCACUUUCACUAUGCUAAAGGACAAGUGUUGUGUCAGCUGGGCGAGUUUGAACAAAGCGCGGAACAAUUCACAAAAGGUAAGCCAGUCGACACAUUUUUGAACUGA